GGAUAAUAAUGAAGUUUGUACCAAUGAAGGAAGAAUAUAAAGGAAAAGAAAGAAAGGUACAAGUACUAGUUGAUAAGAGAAUGACAUUAGCUCAAUUGAAGGAAGAGUUAGUUCCACUGAUUGGUAUACCACCUACUGGUUUUAUAGUGUAUAAAAUCAGUGAUAAUAAAGAAUACGAAAUAAACAGACUUGAUAGCACAUCAAGCUUACAGUAUAUUGAUUCUGGAUCAGAGCUGAUAGUAAGACUGGGUAGAGCAUUACAAGAAGGAGAGUACAGAAUUACAUUGUAUUUAUUACAAGUUAACAAUACAGAGUUUUGUAAGUUUAUAAUGGAAUCUAUUGUUGCUGAGGGUACACCAGUGAAAGAAUUUAAGAAACAAAUUAUUGAAGAAGCAAAAGUACAAGGAAUUGACUGUGUCCUUGAAUUAGAAAAGUAAAUACCGUAUAUGCCAUAUAC